AUGUCCACCAUGAACUCAGCCCUCAAGGCUCUUCAAAGCCGUCUCACAGCUUCGACUGUCUAUACUCCCGACUCGGAGAAGUAUCGUGAUAGCCUCAUCCGCUGGUCGGACACUGGAGUCAAAGAUGCGGGCGUGGUAGUUCAGCCAACAGAGGCGUCGGAUAUCUCCGUCGCCCUCUUGUGGGCUCAGGAGAACAAUAUUGAUGUGGCUAUCAAGGGUGGAGGGCAUUCGACUGCCGGCACAAGCUCGAGUGAUGGUGGCUUGGUGAUUGAUCUGUCCCGCAUGAAACAAGUCACGGUGAACACCACACGAAAGAACAUCACUGCUCAGGGCGGAGCGACCUGGAAAGAGGUCGAUGAGGCCGGUGCAGCUCAUGGACUGGCGGCCGUCGGAGGAACUGUGAACCACACAGGCGUGGGAGGACUCACUUUGGGAGGAGGAUACGGAUGGCUGAGUGGCCAAUAUGGCCUCACCAUCGACAAUUUGCUAUCUGCGACCGUGGUUUUAGCCGAUGGCAGCAUCGUUACAGCCUCUGCUAGUGAGAAUCCUGACUUGUUUUGGGGUUUGCGAGGCGCUGGGUACAACUUUGGUGUUGUGGUGGACUUCACCUACCAGGCCUAUGACCAGACUGCGCCAGUGUUCUCUGGGGUCUUGGGAUUCACAUCUGACAAGCUGGGGGAAAUUAUCGAACAACUUAAUCACUUUCUGACGCAACCUGAUGCGCGCUCCGGAGCUAUGUGCUUCUUUGCACUGUCACCCGAUGACUCUCCAAUGAUCAUCGUGAUCUGCUUCUACAAUGGCACGCGUGAAGAAGGCCAGGAACGAUUUGCUGGAUUGACAGCCCUCAAGCCAGUGCUUAACACUCUUAACAUGACUCCAUACGCGGUAGUCAACACCCUACAGAACCCCCAGGCAACUUACGGCGAUCGCAAAUCCUUCAAGGGGGUUUUCUAUGAGCCGCCGUUGGAUCCCCAAUUCGCUCGAGUGAUUUUCAACGACUUCAUGACCAAAAUCCAGUCUGAUGCGGACCUCAAGGGUUCUGCGAUUAUCCUUGAGUUUACCGAUAUGCGCAAGAUUUGCGAAGUGCCACUGACUGCAACAGCGCUGGCAAGUCGCAGUCCAACCCAGAAUGGCAUCAUUUGUCUGAGAUGGACUGAUCCGUCCAAAGAUCUCGAGCACCGAACUUGGGCACGCGAAGUGCAGUCUAAGUGGAAGGCAGAGUUGGAUGCCAGGGCCAGUCAAAGUGCAGGAUCGAGCGUACCUCAAUACAUCAACUAUGCAGAGCCUGGUGAUGCUGCGGUGGCCAAUAUUUAUGGCGAAAACCUGGGUCGGCUGCGACAAGUAAAAGCCAAGUAUGAUCCCAAGAAUGUCUUUCACAAGAUGCAACCAAUUACUAGUACUUAG